AAAUAUAUCACAAAAAAAAAAGUACACACAAAUAUCAAAAUUAAAAAUAUAAUCGUAUUCGAAAAUUAAGAACGUGGCACGUGUGGCACUGUGGGUCGGCAUUAGCAAUGUAAUUUUUCUAUUUCCAGCCAAAAGCAAACGACGCCGUAUGGUCCCGAACUUCUGCACAGAAGAGUGCCCCUAUCAAAAUGAAGGCGCGGAUUUAUAGAUUCGCUUUUGUCCGUCGGAUCAACUCAUAUAUGGAAUCGAUGAAAAUCCACCGGUCACGGAGUUCUCUCCCCCCCACAGGCUUAAGAGACUGAAACCAGGAGUGAUUAAAAAAAAAAAAAGGAAAAAGAAAAAGUAAAAGAAACCUCUUUCCGCUCCCGGCAAACGAUUUCAACGGCCGUUCGGUACCGCCGUACCAGGCGACGCCACUCCUCUCUCCGUUUUCUCUCAUUGCCAUUUCUCCAGAUCUCGUAGCUGCACUCGCUGUUCUUCUCAAUGGCUGCUCCACCUGCACGAGCUCGAGCCGAUUACGAUUACCUCAUAAAGCUUCUUCUGAUCGGCGACAGCGGUGUGGGAAAGAGUUGCCUUCUUUUGCGGUUCUCCGACGGCUCCUUCACCACUAGUUUCAUCACAACCAUAGGCAUUGAUUUCAAGAUUAGGACCAUUGAGCUUGAUGGAAAACGGAUUAAAUUGCAAAUUUGGGAUACUGCUGGUCAAGAACGGUUUAGAACAAUUACAACUGCUUACUAUCGUGGUGCUAUGGGUAUUUUGCUAGUGUACGAUGUCACGGAUGAGUCAUCAUUUAACAACAUUAGGAAUUGGAUUCGUAACAUCGAACAGCAUGCUUCUGACAAUGUCAACAAGAUACUGGUGGGUAACAAGGCUGAUAUGGACGAGAGCAAAAGGGCUGUUCCUACAUCAAAAGGUCAAGCUCUCGCAGAUGAGUAUGGCAUCAAGUUUUUUGAGACUAGUGCAAAGACAAAUUUGAAUGUGGAAGAAGUUUUCUUCUCCAUAGCCAAGGACAUCAAGCAAAGGCUUGCUGAUAGCGACUCGAAGGCUGAGCCUCAAACAAUCAAGAUAAACCAAGCAGAUAACGGAGCAGGGGCUUCCCAAGCUGCUCAGAAGUCGGCUUGUUGUGGAUCUUAAGACGGCUACAUCAAGGUGGUUUACUUGCAAGGCAAUACAAUUAGGUCACUCGUGCUUCUUUUUCUGUCAUUUUUUUUUCACCAGUAGUAGAACUCAAUUUGGGAGUUCAUAGUAAAUCCUUAUCUGGAAAUUAAUUAUAUGGUUCAUCUACCCCAUAUUUCAUUUCAAACUGAAAAAGAAGUUUCAUAUUUCAGCAUAAGUGCUUCCCGUAGUUAAUUUUAAAAGUGUUUCCAUAACUGAUCUUUAAUUAAUUCUGAAAGCUUGCCAGCUGA